UCUUUUCGAUUGGCUGAUCUAAGCAAAGCUUGCGCGCCAAAUGUGACCAAUGACAGCGCGACAAUGCAAUUUUUUACAUUAACUGUAAGUUAAACUACUUACAAAUUGCGGCAAUUGGGGUGUGAUGAUCGGUAAAACGGAUAGGUCUGUAGAGGUGGAACGCUUAGAUAUUGUAGACAAAUCAGACAAGAAGGACAUAACACAGGUUACAAAAUGCCCCGAUUUAGAGUCUGAAGACGGUUCGGUGGAAGUUCUUUGGCCAUCGAAAAAAGGAGGGAAGAAAGAACACGGUAUCGCUGCAAAGAUAUUGCUUCUUGGCGAUGACUGGAAAACCAUGGCUGAACAAAGAGACAAGUUCAUUAGUGGAGAGGAUAUUUGGAAAACUUCUGUGAAUGUGAAGAGAAAGAGAAAAGUAAAUAGCAGAUUCGUUGUUGAAAAUGUCAAUGAAAAAAAGAAGGAAAACAACCCCACCCUAAACAAGGAUGCCGCCAUUGCAAUGGCAGAAAAGCUAAAGAAGGAAAUUCAGAAGAAAAGGUCUGUAAUUCUCACAGAGGUCCGUUAUGAUUCUGAAGAAAGUGAAUAUGACUGUGCCCGACAUCAAAGGAGUAUAUCAAAACGACUGUUGGUAAGUGAUUCAGAGGAUGACGGCUACAUCAAACCAAGUACAACUCAAAGUGCCAGCUGUUGUCUUGACAUAGAGACCAUAAAGGCUCUUAAAAAGCUACCUGCAAUUGUCAAAUCCCUAAAGGAUGUAGUGUCAAAAUUGCCAUUGGCUGGCCACAUGGGCUCGCCACCCCCCUGGAACACUCCAAGCAGCGAAUCAGCAGGACCUUCAAGCUCUGAUACACCAGCUUCAGCAAGUUCACCAGUCAUGCUAUUAAGCCUUUUGUUGUAAUUCUUUUGUUACAUUUUGCAGAUGACCUUUAAUAGUUCCUUACAAAAUAGGCAAUAACUGCAUCUAACUCAUGUUAUUGCCAUAUUUUAAAAACUGAAUUAUUUAUUUAACUAACUUUCAGUGUAUAUUGCUAUCCUUGUUUGUUGCAUUGGGUGUAUUAGAUUAGGGCUGCCCAGCUAGGUAAUUAGAUUUCAAAGAGCACAGCCCACUUCUACAUAAUGUUCAGCUAAGGUUAUCCACAUAAUGAUCCAGAUGAGGUGAGCAGGACGCUGAAAGAACAGAAACACUCUUUGCCUCACACCAAUUGGUGGUGGGCAGUGGUAGCCUAAUGGUUAGGGAGUUGUUCUUGUGAUCACAGGUUGCUGGUUCAAUUCCUAGGCCAGUAAUGUGUCACUGAGGUACCCCUGAGCAAGGUAUCGUCCCACAUCACUGCUGGUGUAGCUGCAUGCCCCACUGCUCCUACAUGGAUGGGUUAAAUACAGAGGUCAUGUUUUAUUGUGGUGUGUUCACAAUGAUAAAUACUCAUAAAUGCUGUUGCUACUAUUGUCUAUUCUAUGGUUGGUUCAGUACCAGAACUUUCAGUUUGGUACAGUUCCUGGCAUGGUAGAUUGGUAUUAGUUCUGUACCAAUGAAACAAAAUUAAAUAAACAUUUACAUCAACUGAUAAAAUUAAUAAACAUCAAACAAGUGUAAUUGUUUGUACAUUACAUUAAAUGAGCAAAAAUGGCAACUGGGUAAUUUUUGUAUUAUUUCUCAUUCAGGCUUUUCAAGACAUUAAUGGUUAUAAUAAAGUUUGGCUAACCUUACAUGAUAAGUUCUAAAGAUGGGAAAUAUUGUUAACAAGCACAAUAUUAGCACAUAGAUAGGGUACCCAUAUUUUGCUUUACACAGCAUCUUAACCUUUGUUGGACAUGGGAUUGUAGGUCUGAAGUACAUGACUAAAAGGAAGUUAAUCAUAAAGAAAAAUUAAGCAUAACAUUUUGCUUUCAGGUAACAUUGCCUAACUCCAACAUUCAAGUCCAGAAAAGGCUCUUUGGUCGUUUGAGCAAAACCAGGAUGUCACUUUAUACACAAGAGCUGGCACUACUGCUUUUCGGGAAGGAGACAUUGGCAUCCUCAUCGAUCACAGGGAAGCAUGCAAGCAAUCAUAAGGACCUGCCAGAGAAAGACCAGCUAGACCAUGAAAAGGUUGAGGCAUUAAUAGAUUGCGUCAUUGCACAAUUCCCAGGGACCUCUGCCCAAGAGGUGAAGAAUAUUUUGAGGAGAAAGUGCAAUAACGAGAGCUUUGCAAAACAAAAAAACAGCAAGUAAAGUGUUGAUGCUGAUUGUUCUUUUGUUGUUUUGAUUUAUAUGUUGUGGUUGAUGCACAUAAUAAAAAAAACUUUUGUUAA